AAACUGGUUAGCGAAAUGACUGGUCGAAUAGCAGUGAUAGGUGCAGGAGCUUCGGGGCUGGCCGCCAUUAAAACAUGUCUUGAAGAAGAAUUACAACCUGUUUGCUACGAACGAUCGGCGCACUUGGGUGGUCUGUGGUAUUAUUCAGAUGAUGAUCCUCGUUCUGAUCCUCGUGGACCUGGUGCUGUUUACCAUGGUCUCCAUACCAAUAUCUCCAAGGCAUUGAUGGCUUACUCAGACUUUCCUUUCGCAAAGGAUUUACCCCCUUUCCCGAAGGGGGCUGAUGUCUAUAAGUACUACCAGCAGUAUGCCGAACAUUUCAGACUCCUCGAGCACAUCAAUUUCAAUGUGGAAGUCGUGUCCAUCGACCAGGACGCCGAUUACGAAAGCACUGGACGAUGGAAGGUGACAGUCCGCCCAAUGUCUGGCGAGAAAAGGAGUGAGGUCUUCGAUGCUGUGAUGGUGUGUACUGGUCUUUAUCCCAAUGGGCACCUGCCAGACUAUCCUGGGUUGGAUUCCUUCAAAGGACAGAUCAUGCAUAGUUGUCAGUUCAAAAGAGGGGCUUACUUCACGGACAAGAGGGUUCUGGUCGUAGGCUCGGGUACGUCGGGAGGAGACAUAUCCAACAUUAUCAGUCAUCACGCAAGUCAGGUAUACCUUAGCUUGAGGCACGGAGCUUGGUGUGUCCCUCGAUUCUUUUACAACAAGCAGACCGUGCAAGAUUUUUUCAACCAACGGUGGAAGACGUGGCUUCCCUCGAGACUCCUCAACACCUGGCUGAUCAAUAAAAUGAACUACCACAUGGAUGGGAAGACUCUCGGUUUGCAGCACUCAAAGCUUCCGUUCAACGUCCAUUGCAUGGUUGACGAGGAUCUCCCCGCCAGCAUCAUGGAAGGGAGAGUGAGAAUCAGGAGUGGUAUUGGCAGAUUUGAAGGCUCCAAUGUCCAUUUUGUAGACGGUUCCGUGAUUGAAGACAUCGAUUAUGUAGUCUUUGCCACUGGGUACGACCUGAAGCUUCCCUUUUUAAAGAAUGGAAUCGUACCAGACGGAUACGAUAAGAUUGAGCUGUACCAAUAUAUGAUUCCGAUUCGGCUUCGGCAUCCAACCCUGUCUUUCGUGGGGCUGUGUGUUCCUUACACAAUGGGUCACAACGCACUCUGUGAGAUGCAGACAAGGUACAUCACCAAGGUCUUGAAAGGAGAGGUCAAGCUACCCAGCUUUGAAGAAAUGAAACAAGAGGUCAUUUCUAGAAAGGAUCUCAACUUUAAAUUAUUUGAAAACCACCAGCCCUUAAUUACGGACCCAACUGCCUACCGUGAUCAGCUGGCCGAGGCAAUUGGUGCGCUACCAAAUUUGACAAAGCUAUUCUUCACCGAUCCAGUACUUGCUUACCACUUCUACUUCGGAGUCGCCUAUCCACCUUGCCAUAGGUUAGUCGGUCCUGGUGCCACUCCUGGUGCGAGACAGGCUCUUCUCGACUGCAAGGAGAACCAGGUACAUGGUAUUACACUGACAACAGUGCGUAGGGAUGCGAAAGAUUGUUUGCAAGCCUAUGAAGAAGGCCAGAAAUCCUCCUUAACUGUGUUUAUCAUGAUCUUCGGUGCCAUUUUAUCUGUAAUUGUCCUCAUGGCUAUAUUUUAAUGUGUUAUCUAGUGAAAAGAGGAUCUUCAUUUGGACAAUACGGGGACGUAUAACGUUUUGGGGGGUUAUUGCCUUCAUGACUGUUCCCAGCCUCCCAUCAAAUUCAUCAAUUCAAUCGUGGACCUACUAUUUAGUAGGUCCAUGGCAUAGGCGGAUCCAGGGGGGCCUAUUGGCCCUAUU